GAGAGAGAGAGAGGGGGGGGGGGCAGAGAAAGAGAUAGUACUGUGUGUGCAUUUUGUGUGCAAGUGAGCCAGCUCGUCCCUCCUCAACAGUUGCCUUCGCUGCCUGAGAACCGAGAGGAUAACAAAAGUGUGCUGCUCCUGAGCCAGACGCCGUUAGCGCGGAGCCACACUCUGCUCUGCUGGCUGUCUCUUGCUCUGACAUGCAGUCGAUCAUCUCCCCGGUGACUAAGGCCAUUCUAGUUGCGCUUUUUAUCUUCGCCAUCCUCCUCAUUCUCUAUGUGAUCCUCUGGUACAUAUGUAGAGACGUUGACUGUGAUCACGGGAUCUGAUCUACCUUCACGGAAUUACGGAUCAAUCAAAAGCCAAGUGGGAACCGCACAGAAGGAGGGUCACCCUUGAUGCCCAAUCAACAUGGCAGGGUUGCCAUAGUGACUGGAGGAGCCAGAGGGAUUGGCUAUGAGAUUGCUAGACACAUGGCCAGCCUGGGGGCACAUGUUAUCAUAGGUGGGAAGGAUGAGCAAGAGGGCUUGUCAGCUUUGAGGAGGAUUUCUAAGGAGAACACAGAGGCCAAAGUGGAGUUUGAGGUGCUUGACCUCGCCUCGCUGCAGUCAGUCCGACGAUUUGUUGAGACCUUCAAGGCGCGGGACCUACCGCUGCACAUCCUGGUCAACAAUGCUGCAGUCAUGUUCAUACCUGAGGGCUGUACAAAAGAGGGUUUUGAGCAGCACUUUGGGGUCAACUACCUUGGACACUUCCUGUUGACCUUGCUGCUCCUGGACAUCCUGGGGAACUCUGGGAAGUGCGGUUCCAGCGCGCGUGUGGUCAACAUCUCCUCGUCUGCUCACCAUGCUGGAGAGAUCAAACUCCACGAUCUGCAGAGCAGAAAGUGCUAUUCUCCCCAUGCCGCCUACUGCCAAAGUAAGCUGGCGCUCCUCUUAUUCUCGUCCCACCUACAACUGGUGCUGGAGAGAGGAGGGUUCCCAGUGAGCUCCUGUGCAGUGGACCCUGGCAUGGUGGACACAGCCCUGUACCGCCACCUCCCCCUGCCUCUCCGUCUGGCACAGCGAGCCACAGCUCGUCUGUUCUUCAGGACCCCUGCGGAGGGUGCGUCCACGGUGCUGUACACCGCUCUCUCCCCCUCCCUGGAAGGACAAGGCGGGGGCUACUGGGCUAAUGGACGCAGGGAGAUGACAUCACACCCCGCGACCCACGACCCCCAGCUCCAGCUUUGCUUGUGGGAUGCCAGCUGGAAGCUAGUGGGCCUAAACGCUAGCAGGCUAACAACGCUGGGUUAACCCCGGGACUCACUUUUGGACAGAAGACUUAUCUUGGACUCUCUUGGAUAAACCCCUCUCGUCCUCUUCUCAUCCCUCCCUCCCUCUAUCCUGGCCUCCACUCUUGCUCCUCUCCUCCGGUCCUUUUCCCAUCUCAUAUCUGGACUUCAUCUUUGUGUUGACAAUCUUCCUCCAAAACUGGAUACAGGACUGACAGUUGAGGAUGGCCCACCCGUAAUUCUCGGAGAUCUUUGUGAAAAGAAAGGAAUGGACCCCUCUCUCGCUGGCAUUGUGAACACACACACACACACACACACACAUGCCUGACCAAGCUGUGAGUGCGCUGGGUUUCUUUGCAAGGGUGUGUGCGCUGAUCCAGUCUUUUCCUAAGCGGAAAACCGCCGUCUCUCCAAUUGGAGAACACGACUCCUCCCUGGUGUGAUGUCAUCCGGACGUGUCCGUGAGUGUGGCUGUGUUCUCCGUGUCUAGGUUUCGUCGAUGUUGCCAGAAGCGUUGCGCUUUUCUUUGGUGUCUCCAUGUGAUCUUUCUCAGAGCAGGUUUCAAGUUGGUAUCUCUCUGUCCUGCGCCGUGCGAUCUGGUUAGAAGAAAGGAAAGAUCGAACUAACAGCACGUGUCCACUUUCGUUGUGUUCUCUCAAUCGGCCUCUCUCAGUUGGCCUCUCUAAGUGUACAUUGUGUGUGUUUUACUCUUUAUCAGUGUUUGUCCUUAUUGUGGGUUCUUUUUAUACACAAGAUAAAUUGUAAAUGUAUUGAUAGCACAACAACACACUCUGACUGGUGAGCUGUGAGCGAGAGUUGGAGAAUAUUCCGUAUGCGUUUGAGCAUCUGAGCUCUGAUUGGUUCUCUGCCGCUCAUUCAUUUUGGCCCUGCUCCCAGUGCAUUGUGGGAUUGUGAUUUCCCAGCGGUGAGAAUCAGAAUCCAUCUGCAGAAUAAAGACAAAAGCAAACACCAACAACGCACACAAGCACACACACACACACAAACAAUACCAACAACAAAUCCAAUCAUGGGCUUAUCUCAACAAGCACACCAAAACAACAAAAUACACACACCACCAUCCCUUCCACACUGUGAUGUACCUAAACACUCUGAAAAUAACAGCCUUAUCUGAAGCAAAGCUUUCGGGUUUGGGAUAGGAACACAGCACAGAAACAUACUCAUGCGGACAUUUACUCCCAUUUACACAGUUCACUAACCCUAACCUUUCACUGUGAAGACUGUUGACUGUGUACUACUGAGAGCAUUAUGGCCUGUGCUACUGUAUCAUGUGUUUCCUAGAUGGAGGUAUUACUGCGCUAGGUGGUAGAUGAUGCAGUACCGCCCCGAGAUAAUGAAGCAAUGUUCUAGAUGCCACAUAACUCCCUCACCUUCUUCCAUCCCAGAGGGCAGAGAAUCUGGGACGGCAGACCACAGGAACACUUCAUCUGCUGUCUGUGACCGACGAUUUAAACCCGUGAAAUCACUGUGACGGACAGGCAAGCUCUGACUUCAUUAUAUUUUACAUUUUUACAUUUUACAUUUUUAGUCAUUUAGCAGACGCUCUUAUCCAGAGCGACUUACAGUAAAUACAGGGACAUUCCCCCCGAGGCA